GAAAAUACCAACAAAUUCAGACAUUUAGAACAAACUAAGAGUCAGAUCGUCAGAAACAGAAAUACGGAAAUGUUUCCUGUAACUGCGUCGCUCUGCUCGACUUUGCUGAUUGUCGGUGUCUUCGUGUUUGUCUCUGCAGACCAAAAAAGCAUCACAGCUGAGUCUGGACAGAACAUCACUCUACCAUGUCGAGCUCCAAACAACAAUAUCUUAGCUGUAGAGUGGAGCAGAGCUGACCUGGGAGAUGAAUAUGUGCUUUUGUACAGAGAUGGCCAGCUUGUUCCAGACGACCAGCAUCCAUCUUUUAAGAACCGGGUGGAUCUGCAGGACAGACAGAUGAAGGAUGGAGACGUGUCUUUGAUUCUGAAGAAUGUGACGAUUAAUGAUACUGGAAGAUACGAGUGUCGUGUCAAGGCAGGAAAUAAUCGCAGGAAAAGAGCUAAUCUCAGUGGUGACCCCAUCAGCAUCAUCAGUCUAAGUGUUGAUCCUCCAGGUCAGACAGGAGGAUCUGUUGGAGUGAUCAUCGGUCUGAUUGUUGCUGCUGUUUUUCUUGUUGCUGCUGGAUUUUUCAUCUACAGACAUAUAAAGAACAGAAAAUUAAUUUAAACUAGCAUCCUGAUGAUCAACAUGUUUGAAAUGUCUCAGAGCUCAUCGGUCUGUCGGUUUCUGCUGUGCUUCUUGUUGCUGCUGUUGUUGGAAUUUUGUUCUACAGAAAACAUGAACAAACUCAGAAUCAGGAUUCAUACUAGUCUCCUCUUGAAGUGCAGUAGAACUGAAAUGUCUCAGAGCGUUUUACAUAAGAAGGCUUAAAGAUGGCAGCCUGCAUCUUUAAGGCAGAAAAGCAAAAGUGAGCCUGACUGAAGAAAGUAAAACAAUAGAGUCCAAAUAGAAAACUCAAAGAGUUGCUUAAUUUCAAAUAGAUUCCACAGCAGAGACAAUGGUUAAAUAAGGAGCUAACAGUUCCUCAAGUAAAAGGGAAAAAAACAAACAAAUAAAACAGACAUUCAACUGAAGGAACACAGUGAAGGACCAGGAGCAGCAAAUCUAUCAACUGAAAAUUGGAAACCACAAUUUAAAAAAAAAAAAAAAAAUGUUCUCCAGCAUCUGUGGGUAAUUCUCAGGAAAUUAAACCCAAAGUGAUCCAAGAAAGAUCAAAGACAUUUUUUAAUCUGCAAGGUGAGAAGUUUAGAGAAGAUACUGAAUAAUGGAAGGUGUUGAAAAAAUAUUA